UCUUUUUUCAUAUUUUCGUGUGUUAUCAUGUCUUUUAAAUUCAAUUGGGGCAGUUUUCCGCCCGAAUUCAACAAGGAGGCGUUGGAAAUGCUGACUCAGGCGCUGAACAAGGGGGCCAACAAGCCGCCCAACCUCGUGGGCCCGAUAAUAGCCAAGGAACUUGAUCUGGGCAGCAACCCGCCGCAGCUGGACAUCCUCGAAAUCAGCGAGCUGGAGGAAGACCGGUUCCGCGCAAUGUUCCGCAUGAAGUACGAGGGCGACGGCUUUCUUGUGCUUCAAACCCAGGUACAGGCCAAUCCCCUGCGGCUCACACAAAGCGAGAUUCCGACGAUGCCCCAGAUCGGCGUAGUUGCCGCCGCCCAGCCGCUUGUGGUUCCGAUGCUUCUGCGUAUCUCGGGACUGAAGCUGCACGGCAUCAUUGUCUUGGCCGUGUCUAAGCAGGAUGGUAUCACGCUGGUGUUCCGCAGCGACCCACUUGUGUCAGUUGAGGUGCAUUCGACUUUUGAUUCGGUGCCAUCCGUGCGCCGAAUGCUGCAGAGGGAGAUUGAGGCCACACUGAGGACGCUGUUCCAGGACGACUUGCCCGUGAUUGUGCACGAGAUGAGUGUCAAUGAGAUUCGCAGGGCCAGAGAGGCCAAGGAGCGCGAGAGGAGGGAAUACAUUGAAAGGCAGCAGCAGCUCAUCAGAAUGCAGCAUCUGCAGGUGGUCGGCUCGGAGUCUGCAUUGUUGCCGCAGCAGCGGUUGGUGGACACAGCGGGUUCAGAGUCAGACUCAGUGUCGCUGCAUCACCAGCAGCUCAUGGCAUCGCAGCUGCACCGGCGGCUGAUGGAGCUCUCACAGAGCGAUGCAACGGCGCUACGGAACCCUGUAAUGCAAUCCGACUAUGCGCACAGCACGCGGUCGGCGGAAAUCCCAAUACAAACCCAAUGGCCGGCGACAGGAUCAGCAUCCGGACGGCUCCACCACCGGACCAGCACCAUGGGCGGCACAAGCAUGAGCGGUGACCCACAGACCCUGGAGCAGUUUCUCAACGACGACUGGGAGCGCAUGCAGCACAACCAGUCAUCAUCGGAAACUCACGAAUAUUUGCAUAGCGAUAGCAUGGAUCACCAGCACUCAACUGGCGACCAGACCAAUGGUGUGGUUGUGCGUGCAUCGGAUAAUGCUGUGGCCGCUCGCUUGGCCUCAUUGAUGACUAUGGGCCAGACUCUGUCGCCGUAUACGCAGCGCUUCGAGCACACAACGAUGCGGUCGGAUGUCAAUCCGCGCUUGCAUCCGCCGCCGAUAUUCACGUUGCCCAAUGCCGGGUCAGCAUUGACGCCCCCGCUCAUGUCGCCGGCGGGUCUAUCUGGUGCUAGGCAGUUUUCUUUCAGCUCUGCUGCUGCUGCUAAUACUGUUUUGGGUGCGGGUGCUUCGUCAGGGACACCAUUUUCGGCUACCACUCCGCCACUACUUGCGUCCGGUGGAAGGUCGCCGUUUCCGAGGAACCGCACAUUGCGAAGAAAGGUGCAUCGGAUAGGUGGGUUGGGCCAGAACAACAGCAGCAACGGCGAAGGCGAAGGCGGCGGCAGCAGCGCGUAGCUUAUCCUUUUUUGUGUAUAAAAAUAACUGAUAAUAGAAUGCAUUUGAAACUA